UUUUCGCACAAUAUCAAUUCCAAUGAGUUAUUUAAGUAACAGCGGAUAUGCGUCCAGAUAUGGAGUUAGAUAUGCAACGAGAACGAAUAUAGUUAACACAUCUCUAGCGGCCGUUCACCAGUCGUCAGCACCUAGGGCGCAGUAUAAUGGUGGUGGUCCAGGUCCAAUAGUUCAGCAACCGGGAAUGCCAGAAUCAGAUGUAUUUUCAGGCGACUGGAUGAGUAUACCCGCUUGCAUAUCGCAUUGUCUACGCGGUUUGGAAUACCUUAUGAUGGUCGACCAACUUUUGGUUGAACAAAAAGUCGAAUUUCUGGAAGCAUUGACCGGCUUUGAAGGCAAUAAUAAAUUCGUAAUUAAAAAUUCGCUCGGUCAAAAUAUAUAUUACGCCGUUGAGGAUACCGAUUGGUGCACGCGCAAUACGUCUGGGUCGAACCGCCCAUUUGAUAUGAAAGUUUUCGAUAAUUCCCGCAACGAAAUCAUCCAUAUGUAUCGUUCAUUAUCCUGUUCGGUAUGUUGUUUCACCUGUGUCCCAGAAACUAUGGAAGUGUCCACAUCAGCAGGCAAUGUAAUUGGCAUAAUCGAGGAAGAACCGACCUUCGGGUCAACUUUAUUACAUGUCAAAAAUUACUUUGGCGAAAAUGUGUUACGCAUCGAAGGAAUUGCUCCAGAAUUUAAUGUGGUUUCUCUAACCGGUGAAACUGUGGGGAAGAUCUCAAAACAAUGGUCUGGUUUAGCACGCGAAAUAUUCACCGAUGCCGAUUUCUUCGGUAUUACCUUUCCGAUGGACUUGGAUGUGCGCAUGAAAGCUGUUCUUUUGGGCGCUACCUUCCUUAUUGAUGCCAUGUACUAUGAAAACAACUAAUCGCAAUCUAUAAUCUAUUCGAAUAAAAAAGUUCGAAUGGUUGAAAAUAUUAUGACGUACUAGACACCGUCACCUUCAAACCGAAGUAAAAACGAAAACUAAAUUUAAACCAAUAAGGAAAGGCUAAGUUCGGGUGCAACCGAACAUUUUAUACUCUCGCAAUUUAUUUAUUUAAUUUCAUUAAUAUAACACACUAUUUGACACACAUAUUCGUUAUACAUAUUGUAUAAAGUCCAUCACGGAGACAUAUUAUUAAAAGAAAGAUUUUCCCUCCGAAUUUCUUCAAAAUAUCUGAGAGACUUACCUAUAUUUUCGGUGAAAAAUUACCUUUAGGCACUGAGUUCUUCAUGUUUGAUAUCAGAGGCCUUGAAAAGUCAUGGUUCGAUUUUGACAAUUUUUCCACAAGUGAUGUCACAGCUCAAAUACAGUAUUUGUGUAAAGUUUUAUUUCGCUAUCUUUAUGGGUUCCUUAUGUAUACAUUAUAAAGUGAACGAAUCAGAAGGAUUCAAAAUUAAGUUAUAUAGGAAGUAGGCGUAGUUGUGAACCGAUUUCACCCAUAUUCCACCAGUGUCAUCAGGGUAUCAAGAAAAUAUUAUAUACUAUAUAAUAUAAUACUAUAUAAUAUAAUUUCAUUGAAAUCUGUCGAUUAGUUCUUGAGAUAUGGUUUUUGACCCAUAAGUAGGCGACGCCACGACCAUUUUCCAUUUUGUAAAAAAAUCUCAGUGCAGCUUCCUUCUGUCAUUUCUUAUGUAAAAUUUGGUGUUUCUGACGUUUCUCGUUAGUGAGUUAACACACUUUUAGUCAUUUUCAACCUAACCUUUGUAUAGGAGUUGGGCGUGGUUAUUAUCCGAUUUUUUUCAUUUUUGGACUGUAUAAGGAAACGGCUAAAAAAACGACUGCAGAAAGUUUGGUUUAUAUAGCUUUAUUGGUUUGCAAGAUAUAUACAAAAAACAUAUUUGGGGGCGGGGUCACGCCCAAUUUUCCAAAAAAAUUACAUUCAAAUGUAAUGCGAUCCUAUGUUCCAAAUUUUAUUUUCAUAACUUUUUAUACUCUCGCAACAAAGUUGCUACGAAAGUAUUAUAGUUUUGUCCACAUAACGGUUGGUUGUAAGUCCUAAAACUAAACGAGUUAGAUAUAGGGUUACAUAUAUCAAAAUGAUCAGGGU